UCGCACAUCAUACAUUUUAAUUUAACCCAACCGAUUGGUUUGAUAAGCCAGUUAAAAGUUAUUACUGAGAUAUUACAUAAGCAUGUUAUUCUACUAGAAAUCAAUCGAGUCAAUGAGCUCACCACUGGAGUUUGUGCUGCGAUGCUGAUGCUGAGCAGUUGUUCCAUCUUCGAUAUCUCCUUAAUUUAAUAUUUAUUUUACACUAAUCUAACUUCAACAACUAUUAUAAGCCGAUUUUCAAUUUUAAAUCUACACCAGCAACUGCUAUAAUACUUUAAUGGCGAUCGUGGGAGGAGAACCAUCGUCUUCGGAUGUCGUUGCGUUGGCCGUUGAUAAUGAUCAGAUAAGGGAUCAUCUUGUAACGACAGCAGUUAAAUUCCUUAAGAAUCAAAAGGUCCGCACAACAUCUUUGACCAAGAAGAAAGAAUUUUUGACAAAGAAAGGACUGACGGAUGCCGAAAUCGAUUUAGCAUGUCGUCAAGCUGGUGCAUAUGAUGACGAAAAGAACAAUACUAUGUCGGAAGCUCUCGCUCUCCAGUAUCCAAGUAGCACAACAAGGUCUUCGCUCCUACUCAAAGCAAUGGACGUGGCAAAUAUAAUAGCACUUUGUUCGAUUGGAUCAUACAGUCUGUACUCCCUUUGGAAGAAUUACAUCGCUCCAAGAAUAUUUGGAACAAGAUCACGGUUAGAACAAAAGUACGAGAGACUACUAGAAUCAAUAACUCAACUAAAUCAGAACGUGGUUGAACUGCGUGAAUUAUUCCGAGAUGUGCAGCUACAAUCAAGUUCAUCCUCUAAAUCGUUGGAAAUUCAAGAAUUUAGGAAAGAGAUAGCUGGGAUUAAGAGUCUGUUGCUGGGUCGUAGUCAGUUUCCGUCUCCAGCUACCUCAACUGGGAUUCCUUCUUGGCAAAUGGUUGAGGGUGAUAACUCCAAUGAAAACUCAGACGAAAGUUCCAGUCGUCGUCGAUCAAGAAAAGACAAAUCGGAUAGAUUAGUCGGAGGGCGUAAAACGAAUCCUGAUGACUCACUGUCCGAACAAGGAGAUGAAGAACUGCCUACAGGUCCCAUUAGAAAACACCCAUCACUUGACUCGAAUAAUGGAUUCAAUUCUGGAAGUUCAUGUGAAGUUGUAUUCGUGGGAAAAAAUGAUUCUUCGGAUCCAGAUCACAGUGAUGAAUGAUAAUGAUAUUCAGUAGGAGGAUAUUAUUGAGGACAACAAACAGCCCCAAGGAAAAAGACUUUGUAAUUUACAAAACAAUUAAAUUAUGGAGAUGUUUAAAUUCAUUGGCUUAGCUUACUCAAGCACGUGGUGUUCGUAUGUUGUUAUACUAUUUUUGAAAAGCUUAUCACUUCUAGUCGUUCUAUUCAUCACUAUUUUUAUCAUAGUUUAACUCGGUUAUUUUUAUCUACUGUUGUUCAUAUAUCUAGCCAGAACCUGAGCUAAUUAUAACUGUGCAAUUGCUCAAAUGCACUUUAAUUCCAAAUGGUUUCUUGUUCUUCAGAUCAGAAUUGUUACUCAAUAAAAAUAUGUAUGAAAAAUAAAAUCUUGUUAUUCUUUAAUGCUUUAA